AUGGGUGAAUUACUCGAUUUACCCAACGAAGUGAUUUUGAUCAUAUUCAGCUUCAUACCGAGCCGAGAUUUGUGGCAGAAUGUUCGUGCAACGUGUCGACAUCUCUCACGGCUCCUCGCCGACCAGAAGUAUUGGAAGUUUAAAUUGCAGUUGGCCAGGAGACUUGGCAAACGUCAGAGAGUGCAUUCAGUGCACUUAUCGGAGUAUGAUUUAACCGCUUCAGCGUCAUUUUUAUCGUUUAACUGCGCAAAAGUGGAGGAAGAGAGGGAACGAUGGAGCGACAAUAGCUUACAUCGAUUUGUCAUUACAACAGGACAUGACGGUUCAGUAGAUGCGGUAGCGUUGAUGCAAUCUUCUUCUCAUAAGCGACUAUGUAUCUCCGGUGCCAGAGAUCGUGCUUUAGUUGUUUGGGAUAUAGAUGUUAUGGAGAAUGAGGCCGUUGAAGAGAAAUGGAAAGUUUAUGAAGUUUUGGAUUCUCAUCAAGGAUGGAUAUGGAGCCUGUGCAAAGCCGACAACGAUACAUUUUUCUCAAGUGGUUGGGAUCGUUUUGUGAAACAAUGGCGAAUCGUUGAUGAUCAUGUUAAAGUAAGCACCUACCAUUCAGUGUCGUGCAUUACAUUAAUGAGGAUUCUUCAAAUUUAUAUGUAUGAAGCAAAGAAGUACAAAGAGGGAUUCAAAACUUUUUUUUUUGGCAGUUGGUUGAUUUUGAAUUUUGCAAACCCUGGCAGCAAUUAUCUCUAUUCGUCCGGUGCAGAUGGCAGGAUUGUACGUGUGGAUAAGCGUAUGUGGAAAACUGUGAGCGAAAUGCAACUGAGAACAUCAUACUCGCGGAGCUUAUCAUUGCUAGAAGGACAGCUCUCUUGUGGUACUGCCGACGGAAAAAUACUUUCUCUCGAUCCGGAGAGUCUGGAAAUCUUGAAUGUAUGA